UGUCUCGGGGCAAUCCCAGGCCCGGUGAGGAGAAAAAAUUCAGGGUUGAUAGUGGUCUAAUUAUGAGCCGAGCCGAGAGAUGACGAAGGGCUAUGAAGAAAUUUCCUUUCUUUUUUUCGUUUUUUCUUUUUUGCGCCGGUCUUUGUGCCCACAAUGUUGGCCACAACAUUACUCGUUGGACUUCUGGCGGUGCCUUGCUUGGGUAGUGUAAAUCCAGCAAAGCCUCAGAUGGGUAUGUAUAAGCAUCGACGCGUUAUGGAUUAAAACGACUGAAUGUCCCAAGGAUGGAACACCUGGAACACAUUCAAGAGCAAUAUAAAUGAGACAUUGAUCAAGUCAAGCGCAAAGAGCCUGGUAGACACUGGCUUAGCACGGGCUGGCUACAAAUACGUCAACCUGGAUGAUGGGUGGCAAGCCUUUACACGAGAUUCAUUGGGUCGCCAGCAGCCAAAUUCUACCAGGUUCCCCAGCGGCAUUAGAGCAUUGGCAGAUUUCGUGCACGGUCUAGGACUUAAAAUUGGAAUUUACAGCGACGCGGGCAUAUAUGACUGUGCCUUUUACCCUGGAAGCUAUGGUUAUGAGGAGCGAGAUGCUGCUACUUAUGCGUCAUGGAAGAUAGAUUAUCUCAAAUAUGAUAACUGUGGCGGCUUCCAUGCGGGCACAGUCUCUCCUCAAGAACGUUUCCUGCGCAUGGGCGACGCAUUAAACCGAUCUGGCCGCGACAUCCUCUACUCGCUAUGCCAAUGGGGAAAUCAGUUUCCGUGGCAUUGGGCGUCUUUCUCGGAUAGCUACAGAAUCUCUGGCGACAUUAAGAGUGCAUUUGGCGAGGAUAGUAGUGGUGUCUGUCAAUCUGCUUACUGCCUGAAUACCGGUUAUGCAGGAGUCAGUGUGCUGACAAUGAUCCGCAAGAUGCGGGAGUUGUCGCGAUUCCAGAGACCUGGUUCAUGGGGUGACAUGGAUAUGCUCGAGAUUGGUACUGGCACUAUGAACUUAUACCAAGAGCAGACCCAUUUCUCUUUCUGGGCUGCGCUCAAGUCACCGCUGAUCAUUGGCGCCAACAUCAACACGAUCAGCAAGUCAUCUUUGAACAUCUUGCUGAAUAAAGAGAUCAUCGCAAUCUCUCAGGAUGACGCUGGCGUAGCGGUCAACUACCUGCCCGAGCUAUCGACCGAGCACAAGAUCCAAGUUUGGGGCGGGCCUCUUUCUUCUGGCAAGUCACGCUAUGUGGUAUUGGCUCUCAACUAUGGCCCAAACAUCACCGACAUCACAAUUCCUCUCAGUGGAUUGCCUGGGUUGAAAGGGUCUAGCCUGUCUGAGUAUUCUAUACGAGAUGUUUGGGCUGGAAAGGAAGGAUACCAUGGAGGCAACAAGCUCGUGCUGAAAGACGUGGCUUUGAACCAGACAAAAGUAUUAGUCUUCUCCAAGAAAUAAUCUAGGAAUUAGAUGGAGAUGAGAUAUAGCAAAGAGUUCAAACUUCCACAGCUUGCGAUACUCUUCUUGU